AAAGGGAGCACUUUUGCUGAAUAAAGGGGUCGUGAAGUGUUAGCUCGACCAUUUGACAAGUGCUUUAUUUACCCAUCGCCAUGGUGAUUCAGAGCCGUGUGUGGAGGGCUUUGCUGCGGGAAUUAUUCGCUCCUUGUUGUCGAGGUGCACGUUCGAGUAUUUUCCUCUUUUCUCUGCCUGUCACGGCGCCGAACAAUGGGCUUGAAAAAUGAUCAGCAGCCGGCGGGAUUCGCCUUCAAAAGCAUGUACGAAGUUUUGCUGGACAAUUUGCAAAAGUCACGAAUGAGCGUGCACUUGUACCGCAUUAUUUACAUCGCGGAGCACAAGAACGAGAAGUCGGACGCCUUGGAAUGCUUCUUGAAGUUGUGUCUCGAGCGCAUCAAUCAGGCUGCUGAUGAUGAUUUGCUGUGCGCCUUGUUUAUCCACUAUUCCCAACACUUCAUUCUCAUGCUUGAGGGGUCGGAAGAGGAGAUUCUACGUCACCUGGCAAUGCUCGUGGAGAACGCGGCGGCCAACUCGAUCAACGCGAUACACGUAUUGAUCAUGUUGCGUGCCAACCAGAGGCUGCUGGAGCCGCGCUGUUCUUGGCGCGUUUUGAAACUCAACUCGGAAGCAGAGGCGCAAAUGUCCGGUCGGCGGAUGAGCAGUGGCGAGCCGUGGCAGCAGGCGCGUAUUUGCGUUGAUAAACUGCACCGCCUGGCCGGCGUGUUGACAGCAACAGAAAGUGGCGUGAGUGGACCUUUGACGGAACAAUCGAUGAUACCCGACACUGGAAACUUGAGGCAGGUGAUCGCCACUGGUCUUCUUCAGAGAGACGUAGACUUUGCCCAACGACUCGCUCCAAUCAGUAAAGUGUCGCAUUACGAUGACCACAUUUGGCCACCUGAAGACCUAAAUGAAUAGCUUGACAAUGGCAAUUUUUAACUUCAUCACUUCCAAGUAACAACUCGAAAUCAAAAUUAGAAAUAAAAAUUGUUUUACUUCUGAGCAAAUUGAACAAUAAAGUUAUUUCCGAUUGAAAACUGUUCGUUUAAACUUUAUUCCCUGUGUUGACUUAUUUAAAUUGGUUUUGCGCUGGCGUUUGAAUAUUUUACCAAAGCACAUAUAUAUUAUUUGAAUUAGUAUGGAAAGAGGAAAAAACUUCAAAAGGCAAAAUAAAAUAAACCUGCUGGGAUCCGACUCGAACCGGCCCUUAUAGUGGGGGUGGAAAGUGACGUCACCCUGUGUGAUAUUAUG